AUGUUAAUCACGCUGCAUACACAAUUACAAAAUCAACAAGGCGCCGUCCCGAUAUCGCACAUCGUGACACUGGUCGGAGAUCCCACGUAUCUUCCCUGCGACAUAUCAACCACCCACGAAGAGGAUUCAGUGCACCUUGUGCUCUGGUACCGCGAGGACCUCGGUACAUCGGUUUACAGCGUCGAUGUGAGAGAUCGAGAUUUCGGUAUCGCUGAACGAUGGUCAGACAGCGUGUUCUCGAAUCGAGCCUACUUCAUGCCGGACAAGAAACCGGCCGAACUUGGCGUGAACUACACGAAAGAAGAAGACGCUGGGAUCUACAGGUGUCGCGUGGAUUUCCAGAUCGGCCAGACCAGAAAUUCCAAAGUCAAUUUAACGGUGAUAGUUCCGCCGCACCAAAUCAAGAUCGUCAAUGACUCCGGGGCCGCACCGAAUUCGACGGUGGGCCCGUACAUGGAGGGCGACACUCUGCGGCUCUACUGCGACGUGUACGGCGGUAAGCCAGCGCCGACGGUGUCCUGGCACCGCAACGACAAGCUCGUCAACAGCGAAACUAUAACCGUGACGAGCGGCGCGACGCGCAGCGAGCUCGUUAUAAAAAAUUUAGGACGAGAGGACGUCUGCUCGGUGCUGACCUGCAACGCAACGAAUAACAAUAGGUCGAUCCCGCUCUCCUUGUCCGUUCGCGUGAACAUGAAUUUCAGCCCGCUGGACGUGAAGAUUAUCGGUGCAAACCAGCCGCUGUCGGCGGGCAAGAGGUACGAGCUGCUCUGCAUCACUUCCGGUUCCAGGCCGCCGGCCAGGGUGACCUGGUGGAGGGACGACCAGCUUUUGAUAGAGUCGAACAAGACCAUCUCCAGCGAUAGGAACACGACCACAAGCAUCUUAUUUUUCAUGGCGACCAAGGCAGAUGCUGGUAGACACUUGUCGUGUCGGGCUGAAAAUCCAAUCAUGGGAACUGAGCCGAUAGAGGACGGCUGGAUACUCGAGAUACAGUACACGCCGGAAACGCGGAUACAGCUGGGCACCUCGUUGAAUCCGAACAAGAUUCGCGAAGGCACCGACGUCUAUUUCGAUUGUCUGAUACAAGCGGAGCCGGCCGUUUACAAGGUUGAAUGGAGACACUUGGGGAAAACUCUUCACCACAACAUCACACAGGGUAUCAUAAUCAGUAAUCAGAGCCUGGUGUUACAAGGCGUCAACCGUAAAAGCGCAGGCAAUUACACUUGCGUUGGAUACAACACGGAAGGAGACGGGGAAAGCUCUCCAUUUUAUUUGAACGUAAUGUUCGCGCCCACCUGCAAACCGAAUCAGACGGAGGUGCACGGGGUGGCGAAACAAGAAAAGGCAAACAUAUCUUGCCAAGUGGACGCGAACCCGCCGGAGGUUCAAUUCCGCUGGACCUUCAACAAUUCCGCCGAGAGUAUCGACGUGUCCGCCGGUCAUAUCGCCAGGGCCGGCACAUCCUCGGUCGUCUCGUAUACACCCAUGACGGAAUUGGAUUACGGCACGUUACUCUGCUGGGCCACCAAUCGAAUUGGACAUCAACAAGUGCCCUGCGUCUAUCACAUCAUGCCGGCCGGUCGACCAGAUAUGGUUCACAAUUGCACCACCUCGAACACGUCGACGAACUCGUUCUCGGUGAGGUGCGCGGAGGGUUUCAACGGCGGCCUGAAGCAGUCCUUUCUCCUCGAAGUGAGGGAGAGCAACAGCCAGCAAUUGCGUGCUAAUCUGACAUCGCCGGUGCCGCGUUUCAGCGUCACUCACCUGGAGUCUGGAGCCCUUUACCAGGCCUGCAUCUACGCGUACAACAAUAAAGGCCGCAGUGAGGCGAUGGUGGUGCAGGCAGGGACCCUCAGGCUUCCUGAAAAACAAUUAACGCCCGAGUCAGAGAGACCCAGGCCAAAUAUGCGGCUAAUGCCGAUGCUGAGCGUGAUGAUCGGCGUGGGGACCGCGCUGGUCAUCGUCGCUGUGAUAGUGGUGGUCGUGCUUAGAAUUCAGCACACGCAGGUGGACGAGCAGAGCAAGUCUCAAAUGGAGGAUCACAGUAAACAAACGAAGACGAUCCCAAUCCAACGGGAGCUAAGGUUCCGCGAAGGAAGCAGUCUGCUCACGGACGAGAAACAUCCUAGCAGUCCGUUCAGGAAACUCGAGAGCAGCGGUGACAUAAGCGAAAACGACGAGAAGAAUCCGGACAUUAUACCUCAGCAAAUCACCGGUGACGAGCCCUCGGAGUACCUAAGGAAGAGGCGACUCGUGUCGACGAUCGAGACGUCACCGUCGAGAAGUUUGUUGGAACACUCGACGGUCACUUCCGUCAGCGGUCACGGCAGUUACGUCGGCUAUUGCACCAUUCGCAACGGUAUGCCGUUGCACGAGUUCUCGAAUCUGGCGACGAAACAUAAAAGCUUUCAGCCAAUAGUGGGCGACGACUAUCAAAGCGGCGUUUGCACCCUGCCGAGGCAACACUGGCCGAGUCAAAGCGUUCAAUCAAUGUCGAUGACGAUGAGCCCGCCGAUGCUGUACAGCGGCCUCAGGGUCGUCAGCAGGACUUGUCCAAGCGGCACGUUGCUUACCAAAGACGUGGAGGCGAGGAUCCCCGGGCAAUGCUGCAUCCAGUCGCAGAAAGACGGCAAGAUGAGCACACCGAUCGUGAUGGCGAAGAGGGAGAGCUCUGUGUGA